UUAUCACCCCUCAACAAACUAACCCUUUUUUCUUUCCAAUUCUCAACUUCAAACAUAACCCACAAGGCAUAUCCCUUUUCCCCACUUUGGACCACUCUCAAUAAAGUUGCAAACUCAACAUCUCCCUACUUUUUUAAUAAUUCAGACACUCUAUAUUCCCUUUAUUAUAUUGUCACAAUUUAACUAAUAAUCUUGUGUUUAAGUUUUGAGUAAUUACGUAUUCCCUUUUUUUUAAAAAAAUUAACAGGAUUGUCUCGUGUAGUAUUGAAAAAACCAAAGACUCUGGCAUAUACUUUUUUUUAUUUGAGACUUAGAUGCUUCUUUUAUUGCAUUCUUUGUUAGGUUUGAAUCAAUCAAUUUGACUGGUCCUCUAACUUUUGGCCCCAUUUAAACCCCCUGCUGUACUCUCCUCUUUCUCCUAUCAAACCCCAUUUUCUUUUUUUUUGCUGUUUAAGGCUCUCUGGGGAUUCCACAGUUUCCUCAAAGGGUUGAAUGAGAUGGCAGUUGAUCUCUGCUCAGAAAACUGUGGGGUUUCUUCCUCUUCUGUGAGUCCAAGAAUCUCAUUCUCACAUGACUUCUCCCAAUCUGAUGUCAUUCCGGUUGAGCAACUCCCUUUCAGAUCAAACUCUUCUGGCUUGAAUAAUUCCACCAUUGACUUUGAUUUUUGUGUCAGUGAGAGCUUUGAGCUUGAGUCAUCUUCAGCUGAUGAGCUUUUCUCUCAAGGGAGGAUCCUUCCAACUGAGGUCAAGAGAAAGAGUGUUCCCACAAAGCAAACAAGUGCUCCAUUAGCACCAAAGUCUCUAUUGCCUCCUCCCCAUGCUGGUGCUUCCACAACAAAAAACUUGAAGAAAGAGAGCCAUAAGGAGACCAAGUACUUGCAUGAUGAAGUAUAUGAGAAGCAAAGUUCCAAGUCCUUUUGGAGCUUCAAGAGAAGUAGCAGCUGUGGAAGUGGACACAGAAGGAGCUUUUGCCCUUUGCCACUUCUAUCGAGAAGCAAUUCAACUGGAUCAUCAACACCAAGUGUCAAGAGGAACUCAAUUUCAAAGGAGGGUGUUAGUGUUAGUGUUAACAACAUUAAGCCAAAUUCACAGAAACAUUCUUCUUCCACAAGGUUAACUCACUCUCACUCCUUUGUGCCAAACGGUUAUCAUCAUCAAAAGCCUCCAUUGAAUUACAAGAGUCAUCAUGGAUCUUAUGGUAACAGUGUUAGGGUCAAUCCUGUGCUGAAUGUCCCUCCUGCAAACCUAUUUGGUUUGGCUUCGAUCUUCUCCAACAAUAGAGACAAGAGCAAGAGGCAGUUUUAGUUCACCAGCAAACCAGUGGGGUCUGUGUCUUUUAUUUUUUUUUAUUUCUAUGUACUUGUGUUGGGUUUACUUACCAUGUGAACUAGAAAAAUUAGGUAUAGGUGAAAAUUUUGAAAGGUGAAUGUGAAUGGUUUGCAUCAUGAUGAAGAUAAAAUGGUACAAAGAGAUAUGUGUGUGAAGGUGAUGGAGAAGAAUGAUAUAAUGCAAGCACAUGUUUUGGGGCACAAAAUGACAGGUAACUGUUGUUUUCGUUGCUGUACCUUAGUUUGUUUUUGUUCCUCUGCAUUUGCUCUUUGAACUAUGUGUAAAUACAUUGACUUUCCAUAGAAUGAUAGUAUCUCUUUCUUGAUUUC